AUGUGGUCGACGCUAGUACUACCACUGCUUGCCUUUUCAUUGCGCACGGUAUCAGCCCUUCCUCAGGGCCGUCGAUGCAAUUGUGAAGAGCACCCGGUAUGCAUCAUUGGUGCAGGUCCUGCCGGUCUGGCUGCUGCCGGUCGUUUGGAAGAGAAGGGUAUCAAGGCAGUCAUGUUCGACCGCCAAGCGGAGGUUGGUGGUAAAUGCCAGGCUUGGUACGACGACCAAGGAAUCUUCCACCCACUCGGCGCCGCCUUCUUUUCGAAUGCGACAUACACAGACACCAUCAGCAUCCUCAACCAGACGAAUGUCUCCAUUGAGCCCUUCGCGCUUGCUGGUGCGCGCGAAAUGUACCGCUACAACUAUACCACCGGCGACAUUUCCAUGAACCCCACCCUAACCCCGCAGUUUACUGCGCAGGUAUCCGCAGAAAUCCCGAGGUACAUUCAGCUAUGGAAUCAGCGCUUCCGACCGAUUAGUGUUGUGAACUACAAGAAUGGUGUACCAGACGAAUUCACCGUAUCCGGCGCAGAAUGGUUCCGCCAGAAUAACUUCACAGCGCUUCCUAUUCUCCUUGUCAACCCCGUUGCGCUUUAUGGUUAUGGCGACAUCAACAUUGUUCCAGCACUGUACAUCCUGCAGUACUUCGCCCCGGAUAUCCUCACGGCCUUUGUCGGCCUACACAGUGUUUACUACAUGGAUUUCCACAAGAUGUUCGUUGAGUACGCCAAGAAUCAGCUGUGUAAGACGCCCAUUCACACCUCGUCCGAGGUCCGUUGCGUUGAUCGGUCUGGCGACCACCCUAUCUUGACAUACACCACCCCUGCACCCAAUGGCAGCUAUGUCACCUGGGAGAAGCAGGAAUGCUCCUCUGUUAUCUUCGCCUUCCCACCAAACAUGGACAACUUGGAGCGUAUUGGCGUAGAUUUGACUGAGCAGGAGCAUGACACUUUCGCCAACAUCACGACCCACCAAUACUACUCUUCCGCGGUAGAGUUGGAGCUUCCCUUCGGAGUCUCCUACAUUGCUGAAAGCGCCAACGAUACGGUUCCACCGCCAAACGACGGCGAGCCAGUAGCUGUUCUUCACCUGAGUCGCGAAUCCAAUGUCUCCGUUGCCUGGUCUUGGGGUCCUUACGAGUUCCAAACCGAGGACGCUGCACGGAACUUGCUCGUUGAGAGCUUGUCUGAGCUCAACAAGGAUCCGCGCAAUGCCACAGAGCCAUCCCAGCCCUUUUGCGAGGACGACGUCAAAGCUUUCAAGAAGUGGGAUUACUUCCCGCAUUUCGAAGGCAACGCGCUUUCUAGCGGCGCAUACAGUAAGCUUAACAAGCUUCAAGGCCAGAAGAAGACGUACUACGCCAGUGGACUCAGCGGCAUGGAAAUUGUCGAAUGGGCCAUUCGUGGUGGACGUGACGUUGCCGACACGUACUUCUAG